CCCUCUCUCUCUCUCUCCCUCUCUCUCUCUCUCUCUGUCUGGUGGUAUGCAAAUUGAGCUCAGAUUGCGUGGGAAUCCAAACAUUCUGGCACUCUGUCCCAGCAGUUAGUGCCCCCAAAAUCAAAAAUCAGAGCAGACAUAAUUAGAAUGGGAUCUUCAGGCAGCCCAAACCCUUGGGCACCAUAUGACACCUACAAAGACUGCUCUCUAGGAAUCUGUUCCAUCUACUGCCCCCAGUGGUGCUACAUCGUCUUCCCUCCGCCCCCACCUGGUGACUCCGGUCCCGGCUCCGGCGGCACUUAUUUCUCCCCUCUGGUCAUAGCAGUCAUCGGCAUAUUGGCAAGCGCCUUCCUCUUGGUAAGCUACUACACCAUCAUCACCAAGUAUUGCAGGAGGAGGAGGAACAGUUACGCUUUGGACUUGGCUGAUACCAAUUCGGACCAUCAGAUGAAUGGCGGGUCGUGGCAAAACGCCGCGUCGGGCGGGCUUGAUGAGGCGGCGAUCAAGUCGAUAGCCGUCUGCAAGUACAAGAGAGGCGACGGCCUCGUCGAGGGCACGGAUUGCUCGGUCUGCCUCAGCGAGUUUCAGGAAGACGAGAGCCUGAGGCUGUUGCCCAAAUGCAGCCACGCUUUCCACCUACCUUGUAUCGAUACCUGGCUCAAGUCGCACUCGAGUUGCCCGCUCUGCCGAUCUAACAUCGCGUCUGCGAAUCACGACCCCCCGCCGAUGACUCUUCCGCAGGAUACAGCGCCGGCCCGAGAAGCUCCUCCGGCGAGCAAUGAUGUCGAAGCACUAGGAUCCCGGCAUAGAGAUGAGACUGUCCUAGAGAUUCACGAUCAUUUCAGGACCGAGGACCGUGACGCCGCCGCCGUCGGCAUUGGGGCUAGCGACGGCCUCGCCACUUCGAAGUCUCCAAUUCGAACUGCAGGGGUAACUGAAGAUAGGGAAAUCGAAAUUGGGCAAGAUGGUGCUCAAACAAUGAGGAGAUCGGUGUCCUUGAACUCCGGCCUAUCGCAAGGACGGGUCUCGAUCACGGACAUUUUGCAGGAUCGCGACGAACAUAAUGACGAUCAUCUCGACUGCAUUCGAGUGGAGGAUGUGCAAGUUGCAAUGGGAAUUGGACCCUCAAAGCCACUAGGUGGAGAAGAUUCCAACUCCAGCCACAGAACAAGAGUUGCGACGCCACAAAUGGAAAGGAGUCCACCAGAGAUGAAGAGAUCGAUUUCUGCAGGGAGGUUCAUGUUUGGAAGGCACGGGAGAGGCAGGAAUUUCAUCUAACCCCCAGCUGAAAAUUCUGACCCUCUCUCUUUUCCACGUUUGCUGUACACAUUAACACAAUCUCUGUGCAUAUGAUACAAAUACCAGAC